CUGUUUCAAUCGAUGUUUCUCUAAAGCUAUGUAAGAUGAUAAUGCAUUUUUAGUUUCCUAUUUAAUAUUCGUGUUUGAAUUUUCUGUAUAAAAUUGAAAUUAUAAAUAUAAAAUCGUGUGAUACAUAUUGUAAUAAGCUCAAUUAUUCUCGAAAUUUCAACAUUAAUUGUAAUUGUAUUACUUUAAAAAAUUAUGAAAGAGAUCGAUGCAACCUCACUUCAAAAAAAGCCAACUAAACUUCGAAAUCAUAUUUAUAAAACAGAAACUUUUGAUUCUCUGCACACUAAAAAUAUUGAAAAGCUGUAGCGGAUACCUGGCUCUAGAGCAUUUUAGAAUACAUAUUCUUUGCAACAUUUAUGAACAUUCAUCGGCAAACUUGAUAAAAUAAAAAUGGUUCAGUGCGGCUACGUUCACGCUGUAGCCAUUUAGCCAAACGACGGAAUACGCGGGAAGGCGACCGGAGGAAUUCUCGUCUACAAUCAUAGUGUCGUACUGCCCUGCAGAGUGGAAACAUUCGGAAGAAUCAGUUUCUUUGAUUUUAACUGGGGUUGCAAACACGUGUUUUUGCCGGUGGUAUCAAAGUUGUAUUUAUCUAGGUAACUUGUUGCUGAAGGUAAAAUGAAUGAAAUCUCCGAUGAAAAUGAUGAUGAUGAGAAAAACAAUGGAAGGAAUGAGAGUAACAGUCAGAAUGACAAUAUAAACAAUCAUGAUGAUAAAAAAAUGAAACCACUUGAGGACAAUGAGAUUGAAAGUGUUCAAUUUUUUGUUGCUGUUAAAUUUAUUACGACAAGGAGAAACAUCAUGUUAUUGUAACCUUAGAUAAAGUACUAAAGUUCGAUCCAGUAAAGACAGAACGUAAAAAGUAUAAAAAUCCAUACAAAGUUUUAAAAUACGACACUGACAGACAACAAGAAUUUGCAGUACCUGCUAAUAUUUUAGACCAUUCAGAUUCGUUAGUGGAUCUGAAAAAUCCACACAAAAGAUACGUUUAUCCAAAGUCUAGGUUAAGUGAUGCUCUAGAAAAGCUAGCUCAAGAGUCAGAAAGCGAGGAUGAUGGUUUAGAUACCAAAUUAAGAAAGAUAGAAAAGAUAAAGUAAUGCGACAAAAGAAAAACCAGACUGUGCCUUCUAAUACAAGAAAAAAUGUAAAUAAAUGCGAUAACAUGCAGAUGGUUGAUAAGCAGACGCAGAGAGAAUUGAUUAAAAGAAAAGCACAACAAUUGCUCAAAGAUAAUGAAACGGUAUCAAGUAUGAAGCAAAUGAAAAUGAAUAAAGUUUCAGCAAAUUACAAAUUAGAUUUUUCUAAUAAUACUCAAUGCGAUACUUGACUAGUAUCAGAAAAUACAGAUAAUAUUGAUUCCCAAAUAAAUACAUUAAAUAAAAAAAUAAAUGCCUUGGAAGAAGAAAUAGAUGAGAAGAAUAAAGAAAUUGAUAACUUACAAUUAUCUCUUGUACUCGCAAACAGCAAUAUUGAUGCUUUGCGAAAAGAAGUGGAUGAAGUUUACACUCUACUUGAAUCAUGUACUGAAAAAAAUAAUGAGUUAAAGAAAAAGUUAGAGGCAUUUGAAUCAACAAAUGUUGAUAAAUCUAAUACGCAAGGCAAUGUAUUAGAGACUCCAGUACGUAGUACAGUAGUAAGCAUAAAGUCAAAAAAAUUAUUUGACUCUCCAACAAUGGUCCAAGAAGAAGAUUCCAUACCAUGUACAAGCUCUUUGACUCCUCCGAUGAAAGUGAACAAUAAACUUGUUCAUCGUACACCUCCAACAAUGUUCGAAGGAGAAGAAAAUGCAAUACCAUCUGCAAGCUCUUCGACUCCGAUGAAAGUGAAAGAAAACAAAUCAGCUGUCACCACAACACCUAGCUUAAAAGGUUGCACACAAAAGAAUUCAAAGAAAAUAAAAAAAAAAUAAAUGGCUUAAACAUUCAUUAUAUGAUUAUGAUUCGGAUGACUAUGCCAGUGAUAAAAAAAGCUGGAAAAGAAAAAAAUCAUGAAGAUUUUACUGCAUUCCAGAUAACAAAUAAUGAUGGACAUAACGAAAAAAUGUUUCAUCUUUGCUAUGGAUAUUGUAUCAAAUAUGAGGAAUGGAAAUCAAUAAGAAGUCAACCGACUGCAUCUCGAUUCAUUAAUAAAUUAACCAUAGCUUUGUGGGGAGAGAGGGAAAUGGUAUUAAGAGCUGUCGAUUUACGAAGGGCGGAAUCAAGAAGAGAUAGAGAUACACCUAGAAAAGCGGUAACACCUAAAAAAGCUGGAAUAUUAAGAAAAUGCUAUCGACAAUAUUUACUCUCAAAACACGAAAUAAAACAGAAAGAUUUGGAAAAAUUAAAUCAAAAUAAUUUAAGCAAGAAUCACAAAAGAAAUUUAUUGAAAAAAUUGGAUGGUUGGACUACACAUUUAAGUAAUGCCAUCAAUCAAGAAAAGGCUAAGGACAAAGAAAACGUUGUGUUCUAAACAAACAUGUUUGGGCAGUGUUAUGUCAAUACCUUCUCAUAGUACUGAUGUUCGGCCUAAAGAAGAAGUUUUAGAACACGCUAAUGACUUUUUGCAACAAUACUUUUCUUCGAUAAAAAGAUUAGAUAGUGAUGCUCAUAAAUCACGUUGGGAUUCUGUUAGAAAAGAAAUAUCAACAACUGGCACAUAUCAAUUAACUGAAACCGAAUUAAUUUUCGGAGCCAAAUUAGCUUGGAGAAAUGCGUCCAGAUGCAUCGGCCGAAUUCAAUGGUCAAAACUUCAGGUCUUUGACUGUCGUUAUGUAACAACAACAAGCGGUAUGUUUGAAGCUCUUUGCAAUCAUAUAAAAUACAGUACUAACAAAGGAAAUAUAAGGUCAGCAAUUACAAUAUUCCCUCAACGAACUGAUGGUAAACAUGAUUAUCGGGUUUGGAACCAACAGUUAAUAAGUUACGCUGGUUAUAGGAAUGAAGAUGGGUCCAUUAUUGGUGACGCUGGAAAUAUAGAAUUUACUGAAAUUUGUAUUAAGUUAGGCUGGAAAGGCACUAACACGAAAUUUGAUAUUUUACCUCUUGUCUUAUCAGCUAAUGGCCACGAUCCAGAUUAUUUUGAUUUACCGAAAGAAUUCAUACUCGAAGUUCCAUUAAUUCACCCUACAUUUGAUUGGUUUCAAAACUUAGGUCUUAAAUGGUACGCUGUUCCUGCUGUAUCAAAUAUGGUCUUUGAUUGCGGAGGCUUAGAAUUCACUGCAGCACCGUUUAAUGGAUGGUAUAUGAGCACUGAAAUAGGUUCAAGAGAUCUAUGUGAUGUCACCAGAUAUAAUUUGUUAGAGAUUAUUGCUACAAAAAUGGAGCUUGAUAUUCGAAUGCCAUCUUCUUUGUGGAAAGACAAAGCAAUGAUUGAAGCAAAUUUAGCUGUUCUAUAUAGUUUCCAGGAGGAAGUAAAAACAACUGUCAGUGCUUCUGUAAAUGGUGAGCAUGCUGGUGAAAGUGCCGUUGGCAUAGAUGAUAACGAUGCAGAUGAUAAAUUAGGAGGAUUGAAUCUUAGCGAUGCAAAUAAUCUUGCUGCAAAUAACGCUGAUAUAAAUGACAUUGCUGCUGAAGAUGUUGAUGCUAGAAAUGAUGGCACUUACGGACCAGACAAUAUUGUUAAUAGAGAAAAAAAAGGAAGUCAUAUAAUAACCAGAAUCGUGGUAAUGCUCAUGAAUGUUACAAUCGUUGACCACCAUACGGCAUCUGACUCAUUUAUGAAACAUUAUGAAAAUGAAAUGAGGUUACGCAAUGGGUGCCCAGCUGAUUGGAUUUGGAUUAUACCUCCGAUUUCUGGGUCAACAACUUCAGUCUUUCAUCAAGAAAUGGCUUUAUAUUACUUAAAACCAUCGUACGACAUGCAGGAUUCCGCAUGGAAAACACAUGUAUGGAAAAAAGAUAGAAACUCACAUGUAACAUUUAAAAAGCCACGAAGGAAGUUUCACUUCAAACAGAUCGCCAGAGCUGUUAAAUUUACUUCAAAGUUAUUUGGCAGAGCAUUAUCUAGAAGAAUAAAAGCUACAGUGUUAUAUGCAACGGAAACAGGAAAAUCUCAGAUGUAUGCUGACAAACUAGGAGAACUUUUUAGUCAUGCGUUUCAUUCUCAGGUUUUAAGCAUGGCAGAUUAUGAUAUUACUAACAUUGAACACGAGGCUUUGCUGCUUGUAAUUACAUCCACCUUUGGAAAUGGCGAUCCUCCGGAAAAUGGAGAGGCUUUCGCACAAAAUCUGUAUGCUAUGAAGAUGAAUGAUGAGUUUUUAAAUAAUGACAGUAAAGUAAGUUUGGGAACAUCGAAAUCGUUUAUUAAAGCUAAUAGCCAAACUGGUAGAGGAAAAUUUAAAAAGAUUGAUAGAUUAGACUCACUGCGUGGAUCAACAAUAGACUCGCAAGUUGAUGAUACAUUUGGACCACUCAGUAAUGUUAGGUUCGCAGUAUUUGCUUUAGGAUCUUCGGCAUAUCCUAAUUUUUGUGCAUUCGGAAAAUAUGUUGAUAAUUUAUUAGAUGAGUUGGGAGGAGAACGUUUACUUUACUUGUCCCAUGGAGAUGAAUUGUGUGGUCAAGAUCAAGCUUUUAGGAAAUGGGCAGCUGACGCAUUCAACGUAUCUUGUGAAACAUUUUGUCUUGAUGAUGAUGAAACUUUACUCGAAGCUGCACAAUCUUUAGGAUCUGAAGUGAUUUCUGCUACCACUGUUCGUUUUGUAAAAACUGAAUUACAAACAAUUACAAAAGCAUUAAAAAGAUGUCAUAAUAGAGAUGUCAUGACAUGCCGUUUAUCAAAGAAAAAGAAUUUAACCAAACAUCAACUUUCAGGAGGCACAACUCUUUUGCUUGAGCUCCAAUUUGAUGAAGAAGUUAUAGACUAUAAACCGGGGGAUCAUUUGGGAGUAUUUGCUUGUAAUCAAAUAAAUCUUGUGAAUGGUAUAUUAAAAAGAUUAAGUUCAUUCGAACAGGAUGUUCCAAUUGAAUUACAAAUUCAGAAGCAAGUUCAUACACCGAAUGGAAUCGUUAAAUCAUGGAUUCCUCAUGACAAAUAUCAAGGAAAUACAUUGAGAAAUUUAUUACUAAGAUUUGUUGAUAUAACAACACCGCCGACGCCUAAUUUACUUAGAUACUUUGCAUCAAUAGCUACGUGUUCAAAGGAUCAAGCAAAGCUGUGUCUUCUAUCAACCGAUUCAGUUGCCUACGAAGAUUGGAAACAUUGGAAGUUUCCAAAUUUACUGGAAGUCUUAGAUGAAUUUCAGUCAGUUCAACCAUUUGCCCCAGUACUUUUACUUCAUUUAACACCAUUGCAGCCACGAUUUUACAGUAUAUCAUCAUCACCGCUAACUCACCGCAAUCAGAUUCAUUUAACUGUUGCUGUUGUACAAUAUAGAACACAAGGGGAGAAAGGCCAACUCCAUUAUGGUGUAUGUUCAAAUUACUUGAAUAAUCUGACAUCUGAAGAUUUAUUAUACGUCUUUAUUAGAAGUGCACCCAAUUUUUAUAUGCCUCAGGAUCCGAAUGUACCAAUAAUAUUAGUGGGUCCAGGUACCGGAAUUGCACCGUUUCGUGGAUUUUGGCAUCAUCGCAAGGCUGAAAUGAAAAAUAAAAAAAAAUCUAGUUGGGGAAAGAUAUGGCUAUUUUUUGGAUGCAGACGAAAGGCAUUAGAUCUAUACCGAGAUGAAAAAAAUACGAUGAUUGAAGAAUAUGUCUUAGACAAAGAAUUUCUGGCAUUGUCUCGUGAACAAGGACACAAAAGGACAUAUGUGCAAGAUUUAAUUCAGAACAAAGCAGAAUAUAUUUAUGGUAUGCUUGUGCACGAAAAAGGUCAUUUUUAUGUAUGUGGUGAUUGCACAAUGGCUGAAGAUGUAUAUCAAACUCUAAAAAAUAUUAUUAAAACUCAUGGCAAAAUGAUGGAUCAAGAAGUUGAGACCUACAUGUUAUCAUUGCGCGAUGAAAACAGAUUUCACGAAGACAUAUUUGGUAUUACUUUGCGUACAGCCGAGGUGCACAAUAGAUCCAGAGAAAAUGCUCGCAUUAAGCUAGUAUCGAAACCUUAUAAGAAGUAUUAACGAGGAUAUACAUUUGAAUAUUAAAUACUUAUAUUAAGGCUUUUUGAUUUUAUCUGUUUAUUAUUAACUUUUAGAGAGCUGUGAUUUGAGAGUUGCAGUCACCUAUGAAAAGUAACAUAAUUAGUGUCUGUAUAUCCUGUAUACAUAAAGUUCAUUUUGCAGGGCAACUCUAUAAUAUGUCCAUUUUCUCGUCUUCUAGAGGUUAAUUAAUGUAGAUGCUUACAUUUAAUUUUUAUAUAACAAUGUAGACAGUAUGUUAAACAAUAAACAGAAGCAGGCUGAAAAA